AUCGGUUGGUUUAUGUCAGUUGUCCAUGAUGAUGCUGCAUCGUGCAUGUGUUAAUAUGUGCCAAUACUCCAGUUUGACCUUUUUGGUGACCUUCAUGGCAUGGUUUAGUUUCGUCUCUUCAUGAUGCACCUUCGCAACCAUUGUUUAUAUUGUUGAGCUUAGACAUUUAUACCCAGGAAUAUCUUCUUAAGCGAAAGCUCGAGUUGACUGAAUUGAACAGACUCUGUAUAUACCUAACUUUUCGAAUUACAUUGUAAAGACUGGGGGAUGGUUUUCGGCUCGUGCUUAGGAUCUGCAGCAUUGAAAACUAUUCGACCUGUUGGAUUUCAUGUACAUUUUCCGAGGUACCUACUUACCUCGUCCAAAUCAGUAUCCGUCCCAGCCAGUCAGGCAACAAUUCAGGCCUCACCAAUUGUUGGUCGAUGGCUCUUGGGUCUUUCUGGCAUGACUUUUGGUGCUAUUUUGCUUGGUGGAGUUACAAGAUUGACCGAGUCUGGUCUCUCAAUGGUUGACUGGCAUCCGUUUAAGGAGGUACCUCCUUUCAGUGAAGAACAUUGGCGACUAGAAUUCGAAAAAUACAAGAAGUUCCCUGAACAUGAACAGCAAGUUUAGAUUUUUUUAUCUACGUCCUGUUCAGCUAUGUAAAGGAGCGUGGAGAAAUGUCAAUCACUCAAUUCAAGUUUAUAUGGUAUAUGGAAUUUAUUCACCGAAUGUGGGGUCGGACGAUCGGUGCUGCCUUUGUUUUCCCAGCAAUCUAUUUUUUUUACAGAGGUUAUUUCUCUCCAGUCAUGAAAUCUCGCAUUUUUAUUUAUGGGGGACUAAUUGGAUUUCAGGGUGUUUUGGGCUGGCUUAUGGUACGCAGUGGUCUCAAAGAACCUAGACGACCGGCAGGUCUUCCACCAAAUGAGAAUUAUAUUGGUGUUCCACGUGUGGAUCAUUAUUGGCUUUGUGCUCACUUGGUUUCAGCGAUUAUUCUAUAUUCAUUACUUCUGUGGGGUAGCUUUAACCAUAUGGCUUCUCAUUCUUUAGUUAAACCAUUCAGCAGCGUCAAACGACUUAAAGCAUAUGGUCAUAUGGGUAAAGCUCUAACGUUCGCAACCAUAAUUUAUGGUGCUUUUGUUGCCGGUCUUGAUGCAGGAUUAAUCUAUAAUUCAUGGCCAAAAAUGGCUGAUAAGUGGAUUCCUGAUGAUUUAAUUGUAUCUCGUUAUGGUUCUACUGUGAGAAACGUUUUGGACAAUCCAACUGCAGUUCAAUUUAUUCAUCGGAUGCUAGCUUAUACAACAGUUUUAACCACAGGAUUAUUGUGGGUAAAUGUCAUGCGUUUAGGUGUAGCAUGUACAGGACCACGUAUUAGGAAUGCUGCACACUUGGUUUUGGGUGCUGUAUUAGGACAGUCAUUACUUGGCAUAACAACUUUAUUGUGUUAUGUACCAGUUUCAUUGGGAUCAUUGCAUCAAUGCGGUGGUGUUGUUUUGCUUUCAUCCUUACUCUGGUUUACUCAUUGUUUACGUGCUGUUCCAAAAUAAAAACUUGCUAACACUUUUUUUUGUGGGAAAUAAUUGCAACUUUUUUCAUCAUCUCAUUCAUUUUCUAGAUGUUCCAUUAUAAUCAUUGUGAAUAUAAUCUUUAUAAAUAUAAUGCACAAAGUAUUCAAAUU